AUGGCCACAAAGCACUUUUACCCGACCAUCGACGGCCUCGUCGACCAGGCGCUGCUCGGCACCGCGGCGUCGCAUCCUGGUCUCGCGCUCCUCCGAUCUGAGAAGGUUCUCUACGCAAAAAACCACCCGCGCUCGCAGGUCUCGGUUAUCUGUGGUGGUGGAUCGGGUCAUGAGCCUGCGCACGCGGGCUUCGUGGGCGAGGGCAUGCUUGCUGCUGCGGUCUGCGGCGACGUGUUUGCCUCGCCGUCGGCCAAGCAGGUGCAGAAGGGCUGCAUGGCGGUGCCGUCUGAUAAUGGAUACAUCCUGAUUGUCACAAACUACACCGGAGACAUGCUGCAUUUCGGACUGGCGUGCGAGAAGAUGAAGGCGGAGGGGUACAAGGUCGGCGUCGUCAAGGCGGCCGAUGACGUUGCUGUCGGACGGAAGAACGGUGGCAUGGUCGGCCGUCGCGGUCUUGCUGGCACCAUCAUCUUGGACAAGAUCCUUGGAAGCAUGGCGUCCGCUGACUGCUCGUAUGACGAGAUCCUGGGACUCGGCACCGCGGUCGGCAAGUCUCUCGUCACGAUCUCUGCCGGUCUCGAUCACUGCCACGUCCCCGGCCGGACAACAGCAUACGGCGCGAUUGAGACAAACACGCUCGAGAUUGGAAUGGGAAUCCACAACGAGCCCGGUGUGCGAACUGUGACGCCUAUCCCGCCCGUCGACGAUCUCAUCGCCGAGCUACUCAACUACCUGAUCGAUCCCAACGACGCCGACCGGGCAUAUGUCCCGUUCGAAAAGACCGACGAGGUUGUCGUGCUAAUGAACAACCUCGGCGGUCUGUCGACCCUAGAGUUGCGUGCUGCCACACAGGCCACGAUCUCGGGACUGAAAAAGCACCAUGGUAUCACUCCCUCGCGUGUUGUGGCAGGAACAUUCAUGACCUCGCUUAACGCGCCCGCGUUUGCCAUCACGCUGCUCAAUGUCACUUACGCUGCGCGUGAGUCUAGCGUUGAGGCGGCCACAAUCCUCAAGUACUUUGACGCCCCUACCGACGCGCUUAGCUGGCCCAAGACGGCGUCGUAUUCGUCCGAGGCUGCAGUGGAGGAACUCAAGAAUGGCGAGGCUGAAAAGACAUUUGCGCAGGACAUCACUGUCGAGCCUGCGACACUAGAGCGGAAAUUGCGCAAGGCUUGCGAGAACAUUAUCGAGAUUGAGCCGAAGCUGACGGAGUGGGAUACCGAGAUGGGCGACGGCGACUGCGGCGAGACUAUCAAGGCCGGCGCGGUCGCGCUGCUCGCGCUGCUGGACUCUGGACUGGCAAAGACGGGGUCGAUCUUGCGCGUUGUUGACGCUAUGGUCGACAUCACCGAGGACCACAUGGGUGGAACACUCGGUGCUGUGUUUGGUAUCUUCUUUGCCGCGUUGAUGAGCGCGCUUGUCGCUGCUGCUAGCACGUCCUCAUCCGCGCCGAUCGAGCAAGUUCUCGCGACCGCGACCGCCGAGGCUCUUGCGUCGCUGAGAACACACACACCAGCUAAAGAAGGCGACCGCACGGUGAUGGACGUCAUGAUCCCGUUCUCGGCCGCGUUCGAAGGCGGAAACGUCGACAAGGCGGCAAAGGCGGCCAAGGAGGCAGCCGAGGGAACGAUGAAGUUGAUGCCCAAGCUCGGUCGGGCUACUUAUGUCGGCGGUCUGGCCGAGAAGAAGCUGCUGCCGCCGGACCCCGGUGCUUGGGGUGUGCAUGAGCUGAUCCAAGGAUUGGCAGACUAA